GUGGGGACCUGCUCUGCCUACGCUGCUCCUCGGAUGGUGACGGGGCCCCGCCGCGGCCGCAGUCCCCCUGAGCCCCGGCUCCACAGGCCCGCAGCGCCGGAGUCCCACAGGAAUCAUGCCCAGGUCCUUCUUGGUCAAGAAGGUCAAACUUGACACAUUUUCUUCGGCAGACCUGGAGAGCUCCUACGGGCGCGCCCGCAGCGACCUCGGCGUGCGACUGCACGAUAAAGGAUACCUCAGCGACUACGUGGGGCCCUCGUCCGUCUACGAUGGCGACGCCGAGGCGGCGUUGCUCAAAGGGCCGUCCCCAGAGCCCAUGUACGCUGCAGCCGUGCGGGGAGAGCUGGGUCCUGCGGCCGCUGGCUCGGCGCCGCCGCCCACCCCGCGCCCGGAGCUGGCCACAGCUGCGGGCGGCUACAUCAACGGCGACGCUGCAGUCAGCGAGGGCUACGCGGCCGACGCCUUCUUCAUCACCGACGGGCGCUCGCGCCGUAAGGCUGCCAAUGCCAAUGCUGCUGCCGCUCCCUCUACGGCCUCAGCGGCGGCCCCAGAUGGGGACGUCGGAGUCGGGGGCGGGGCGGGCGCGCGCAGCUCGGGAUCCGGGGCCGGGGGCCGGGGCGGCACGCGUGCGGGGGCAGGCACCGAGGCGCGCGCGGGGCCAGGGGUGGCAGGCACUGGUGGCCGGCACGCGUGCGGCGAGUGCGGCAAAACGUACGCCACGUCGUCGAACCUGAGCCGGCACAAGCAGACGCACCGCAGCCUGGACAGCCAACUGGCGCGGCGGUGCCCGACGUGUGGCAAGGUGUACGUGUCCAUGCCGGCCAUGGCCAUGCACCUGCUCACGCACGACCUGCGCCACAAGUGCGGCGUGUGCGGCAAAGCCUUCUCUCGACCCUGGCUACUGCAGGGCCACAUGCGCUCGCACACCGGCGAGAAACCCUUCGGCUGCGCGCACUGCGGCAAGGCCUUCGCCGACCGCUCCAACCUGCGCGCACACAUGCAGACGCACUCGGCCUUCAAGCACUUCCAGUGCAAGCGCUGCAAGAAGAGCUUCGCGCUCAAGUCUUAUCUCAACAAGCACUACGAGUCGGCCUGCUUCAAGGGCGGCGCUGGCAGCGGCGGCCCCGCGGCCCCUGCGCCGCCACAGCUCAGCCCUGUGCAGGCCUAGGGCGGGGGGGCCUCCGCCAGCCAGGUCGGCUCUCAGCAAUACGGGCCCCCAGGGAAGUCCCUGCCGGCGUCCAGGAGGAGGGGCCGGAGGGCGGGCCCCUCCUCACAGCAAUAGGGGGAGGGG